UUUUUUUCUUCCCCUCUUUGCUUUGAACGAACUUUAUUGUUCCUGCGGUGCCGCGCGCGCGCGGGGAUGCGCUGAGGCCGCUCCGCCGUCGGCCCCGCUCCACCCGCCCCGGCCCGGCCUCGGCAUGUCGGGCAGCCGCCCGCCGCCGCACCCCGCCGCGCCGCCCGCCGCCGCCACCCCGGCCUCCUCCUCUUCCUCCUCUUCCUCCUCCUCCUCCUCCUCUUCGGCGGCCAUGGCGCCGGGCUCGUCCUCCUCGGGCGGCGCGGCGGCGCGGCCUGUGCUGGUGGCGGCCGCCGUGUCGGGUUCGGGCGCGGGGCUGGCCCGGCUGGCGGCGGCGGCGCGGCCCGGCAGCGGCGGCGGCGGUUCCUCCGCGGGAAGCGGCGGUAGCGGCGCGGGCGGCGGCGGCAGCAGCAGGAAGAGGCCGCUGCUCACCCCGCUCUGCAACGGGCUCAUCAACUCCUACGAGGACAAGAGCAACGACUUCGUCUGCCCCAUCUGUUUUGAUAUGAUUGAAGAAGCCUACAUGACGAAAUGUGGACACAGCUUCUGCUAUAAAUGCAUUCACCAGAGCUUGGAGGACAAUAACAGAUGUCCCAAAUGCAACUAUGUUGUGGACAACAUAGAUCAUCUUUAUCCCAACUUCUUAGUCAACGAACUUAUUCUUAAACAGAAGCAAAGAUCUGAGGAGAAAAGACUCAAACUGGACCAUUCAGUGAGUAGCACCAAUGGCCAUAGGUGGCAGAUAAUUCAAGAUUUGUUGGGGACUGAUCAAGACAAUCUUGACUUGGCCAAUGUCAACCUGAUGCUGGAGCUGCUGGUGCAAAAGAAGAAGCAGUUGGAAGCAGAGUCCCAUACUGCCCAAUUGCAGAUCCUUAUGGAAUUUCUCAAAGUUGCCAGGAGAAACAAACGAGAGCAAUUGGAGCAGAUCCAGAAGGAGCUGAGUGUUCUGGAAGAAGAUAUUAAACGAGUAGAGGAAAUGAGUGGCUUGUACUCCCCAGUCAGUGAGGACAGUACGGUGCCACAGUUUGAGGCUCCCUCCCCUUCACACAGUAGUAUUAUUGACUCCACGGAGUAUAGCCAGCCUCCAGGCUUCAGUGGCAGUUCUCAGACCAAAAAGCAGCCAUGGUAUAACAGCACGCUAGCCUCACGACGCAAGCGGCUCACAGCUCAUUUUGAGGACCUAGAGCAGUGCUAUUUUUCCACCAGGAUGACACGUGUCUCGGAUGACAGCAGAACCACAAGCCAGCUGGAUGAGUUUCAGGAGUGUCUAUCCAAGUUCACGCGCUACAAUUCUGUCCGACCCCUGGCAACGCUGUCUUACGCUAGUGACCUCUACAAUGGCUCCAGCAUAGUAUCCAGUAUUGAGUUCGACCGAGACUGUGACUACUUUGCCAUUGCUGGGGUGACAAAGAAGAUUAAAGUCUAUGAGUAUGGUACAGUCAUUCAGGACGCGGUGGAUAUUCACUACCCUGAGAAUGAAAUGACCUGUAAUUCCAAAAUCAGUCCUAAAACUACUGGGCAUCGGUUGACUCAUGGUAAUAGACUGGAUCUGGAGCACUUGGCAUUCGGAAGCAGCUGUAUCAGCUGGAGUAGUUACCACAAGAACCUGCUAGCCAGCAGCGACUAUGAAGGCACCGUCAUCCUUUGGGAUGGAUUCACGGGACAAAGAUCCAAGGUCUACCAGGAGCAUGAGAAAAGGUGCUGGAGUGUUGACUUUAACUUGAUGGACCCAAAGCUAUUGGCUUCAGGCUCUGAUGAUGCCAAAGUGAAGCUGUGGUCUACCAACUUGGACAACUCAGUAGCAAGCAUCGAGGCCAAGGCUAAUGUGUGUUGUGUCAAAUUCAGCCCCUCUUCUAGGUAUCACCUAGCUUUUGGCUGUGCAGAUCACUGUGUUCACUACUACGAUCUUCGCAACACUAAGCAGCCAAUCAUGGUGUUCAAAGGGCAUCGCAAGGCAGUCUCCUACGCAAAAUUCGUGAGUGGGGAAGAAAUAGUCUCUGCGUCAACAGACAGUCAGCUGAAGCUGUGGAAUGUAGGGAAGCCUCACUGCUUGCGCUCCUUCAAGGGUCACAUCAACGAGAAGAAUUUUGUAGGGCUUGCAUCCAACGGAGACUACAUUGCCUGUGGAAGUGAAAAUAAUUCCCUUUACCUAUACUAUAAGGGCCUCUCAAAGACACUGCUGACAUUCAAGUUUGAUACAGUCAAAAGUGUCCUGGACAAGGACCGGAAAGAAGAUGACACAAAUGAGUUUGUGAGUGCUGUAUGCUGGAGGGCACUACCAGAUGGGGAGUCCAAUGUGCUGAUUGCUGCUAACAGUCAGGGUACAAUUAAGGUACUGGAGCUGGUAUGAAGGGUUUUCUCUCAAGGCAUGAGGUACUUGGUCCUGCUGAUACGCUACAGUAUUCAUCUGGGAUCUUCAGCAGGACAAGAAACCGAAACGACCUUGAUGUUCCUCCCCAAAACCAUCAUGUUUGGGUUUUUUCCAUUUAUGGACUUUCUAGGACCUUUUGAGACACUGGAAACACCAGUGAACUGUCUGCCAUCAACAUUAACUCCACAGACUUUGCUGCUGCUGGUGGUGGUGGUAUGGUUGUCUAAUUUUUAUGAUAGGAAAACAAAUUCUUUUAAAUAAAAAACAAAAAGGAAUAAUAAAAUUUAUUGAGCCACAAGCUGAAGCUGGAAGAUUCUCUCUUGUUGCAUAUGGGAACAGAUUUACUUGGGAAGGGAGCUUACAGGACCACACCGGGCUGUCCUCUGUUGCAUAUCUCCAGUUACUUUCAUCUGGACUGUUCUUCAUCCCCACUGGAAAAAAAAAGUAUCUAAGCCUUACCUGGACAUGCAAGCAAUUCACUUUGAGAUCCCAUAAUGGUAUGGUUUGGUUGUUCCUUUGAUUUAUUAAUAUUUUUUUUAGAUGCAUUACAUGUUGAGAAAUGUUACCCACAUUGACGCCUCUGGAGACUGAAGUCCUCUGGUCAUCAAGAAGAGAAUGACAGCUUUCCCUUCCUCCUCUGCUUACGCCCCUGCCUCAACCCAAAGGGGCAGCUCCAAAGGAGAGGAUUAAGUUGUCCUCUUGUCGACGUGAGCCUGGGCCUCUCUGCUGCCUGCCACCAGCAACAUGCUGAGAUGAGGUGACCUGCAGUUGCCUGGGACCUGGACUGACCUCACCAAGACACUGUGGGAUAACUAUCUCCCUCUCAGUGACCUGGCUGUGUUUAUCUCAGCUAGAGGCGGAAGCUUUUAGAUCCAGUUACCAAAGCCCAGCACCACUUAAUCGCCCGUGUGGUCUGGUUGCAUUUGCCCCUCUCUGCACACCAUGGAAGCCAAGCAUUUUGAAUGUUGUAAUAAGAGAGUGGAUGGAGUUGGUUUGUAAUGUGUUUCAGAGCCAUGAUAUAAGUAGCCUUAUUUUUAAUGGUCAUGCAUACACUUAAUUGUACAUAUGGAGGGGGAAUAAACCAUGAUGCUAAGAGUUGUUGUUCCUUUGUUGGCAGGAUAGCAGGGAGGGUAAGAAGGUGCAGACAGUCUUCGUGAGUAGCAGUCAUGCUGAGCUGUCAGGAUUGCUGCCAGAACUCAUUAAGCUUGAAAGUGGAAUUGGUGGGCGUAGCAUCUUUUCCUAGCUGUGGGUGGCAAAGGUGCAAUGUAUACAGUAAUACCUGUGGGAAGCAUUUUGGUUUGCAAACAGAAUCUCUCUGCAUUCAUUCAUUGCAGUACGCAUCUCCCUUGCGCCUCUGAGGUUGGGAUUGCCACAGGGACUUCAGUGUCCUUGUCAGCAAGGCAAGGCCCUGCUGCAGUCUGGGGCCACCCAUCAAGGAGCUGUAACUGAUGGCAUGUGAAAGGUGUCUUAUGUCCUCCAGGUGUUAAAAGCCUGAUUCUGAUCUUCCCAGGAGGAUUGUGUGGUCUUCUCACAUCCUUUGGUCACAGAGCAGAAAAGAAAAGCAAGGGUGCUCUUGGGGAUAUGAACAGAGAAGCAGGGAUGAAGCCUUACAGCAGAAUUGGGGACAGAUCCUGUCCUGAUUCAAUGCUGGUGCCCGUUUCUAGAGGGGCCUUAGGGAACAUAUAUGCUCCUUCAAAGCUAGAAGGAUGUGGGACACACCAAAAUUGCUGUUGACUUCUGGAGAGUCUUGUCCAGUGGGGAGAAAUGUGAUGCUCAGCUCCAAGAGAGGUGUGGAUGGCCCUCAUGCUGCAUGCUGCUUUUCUUCCAUGGUUUCUGAUAUGCCGGUGGGGUGAGAAGUGAGGAGAGAAGGAAGGGAGAGAGAAGAGGGGUGCUAGCUUGUGUCCUUCUCCAAGGUGCUACCUGCAGGUCUCUGUCGUAUGAGUCACCUGAGUCACUGUGGCAGAAGGAAACAAAAUUGGUUCCUUCUGCCUGAUGGCAGCUCUCUGAUACAUCCCACUGAGCACUAGCUUGAUUUCCAUUUUGCUCCAUUUUUUAAAAAGGAGAGUUUGGUGCUAGGUUGACUGUGCUGGGCUGUGCGGAGCGUCCUUCCCAGCCAGCCAUCUCUGAAGGCAGGGCCGGUGUGAGGAGCAAUGGCCAUAGCUCGUGCUGCUUCCCCUGGUUUCAGGCGUGGGUUUCCCUCAGCCUCUGCCUUGUUUAUUGAUGCCUGCUAAUUAAUUUUGCAAGCUGCUGCUGCUGCCAUGGCUGCAGUUGUACCCCAGCUCUGUGCUGUGCAGCCACUGCUUGGCAGGUGACCUCAUUCCUUCUCUCCCCCCACUUGAAGGUCCUCUGUGUUUUAAAUUGAAAUCACUCUGACAAAGCUGAGAUCUUAGAAAAAAAAGUGCUAUUUUGAAUGCUGUAAGGUUACUCCUUGAAUUAAACAGGGAAAACAGUUUAA